AUGACCGACGAAUGGUCGGGUCCCGUUGAGUUUGGAAGCGAGGCCGAUUGCGGCAAAUACAACGUUAAUGAUGAUAGUGAGCCGCCACUGGGCGGGAUGCGGAGAUGGGUGACGGACUUGGUUCGAAAACUGCGUGGACAUGGUGAGAGGUGUAUUAUGCAGAAGAGACUGUCCGAGAGCGAUCUCAAGAACCGGAUGUCAAUGCCGACCAUCCACUUGGUUGUCGAAUCGGACGAGUUCCUGAGCGAGGGGGAAAUCGAGGCUUUUCUGAGAUGGAAGAAUCAUGAUGAGGACUACAGGCGCUUUGAGCGCACCGUCGAGGCGGUGUUGGUCGAACCGUGUUUGAGGACGUCGGACUUGUCAUUAAGGAAGUGGGGCGAUGGCAGACAUGGCAUCAUUAAGUUUGCUAUUGACAAGAAGAAAUGGCACGAGAUUGCCCAAAGAAAUGGCCUCAACAAGGACGACAUUGUUCAGAUUUGGUUCUUCAGGAGCAGAAUUGGAAAUCCAUGCUUUGCCCUCAUCAACCUCGCAGCCGCACAAGAAAACCAACGACCAACAACGUCCGAUGCCACUACUUCUGCAACUAGCUCGAUAUAG